AUCUUCUCCGCUCUCACAGUCACAAAAUCUCUUCUGCAGUUUUGCCUCUACCUCCCUGCUCCCGCUAUCUGUUUUCGUUGUUUAGAACCCAGAUCUAGGGUUUAUCCCCUAUUCUUAUCUCGUCUAAUUUGUGUAUUGAUCUCUAAGCUCAAGAAUGGGAGAAGUAAAGGACAACGAAGCCUACGAGGAGGAGCUCAUCGACUACGAAGAGGAAGAUGAAAAAGCCACCGACGCUGUCUCGGGCAAAGAUGGUACCGAAUCCGGGAAGAAGGGUUAUGUUGGGAUUCACAGUUCGGGAUUUCGAGACUUCCUAUUGAAACCAGAACUUCUUCGAGCCAUCGUGGAUUCAGGAUUUGAGCAUCCUUCAGAAGUGCAACAUGAAUGCAUCCCUCAAGCUAUUUUAGGAAUGGAUGUCAUUUGCCAAGCAAAAUCUGGGAUGGGAAAGACUGCUGUUUUUGUUCUUUCAACACUUCAGCAAAUUGAUCCUGUUCCUGGUCAAGUUGCGGCUCUUGUUCUUUGCCACACUAGAGAACUAGCUUAUCAGAUAUGCCAUGAAUUUGAGAGGUUUAGCACAUAUCUUCCCGAAAUAAAAGUUGCUGUUUUCUAUGGUGGGGUCAAUAUCAAGGUUCAUAAAGAAUUGCUUGCAAAUGAAUGUCCUCAUAUUGUUGUUGGAACACCUGGGCGGAUAUUAGCCCUGACUAGAGAUAAGGAUCUUAGCUUAAAGAAUGUGAGGCAUUUUAUACUUGAUGAGUGUGACAAGAUGCUUGAAUCACUUGACAUGAGAAGAGAUGUGCAAGAAAUUUUCAAAUUGACUCCCCAUGAUAAACAAGCAAUGAUGUUUUCGGCCACACUCAGUAAAGAAAUACGCCCUGUUUGCAAGAAAUUUAUGCAAGAUCCUAUGGAGAUUUAUGUAGAUGAUGAGGCUAAAUUGACUCUUCAUGGUUUAGUACAGCACUACAUCAAAUUGAAGGAGGCAGAGAAGAGCCGUAAGUUGAAUGAUCUUCUUGAUGCCCUGGACUUCAACCAAGUGGUCAUUUUUGUCAAAAGUGUCAGCAGAGCAGCAGAGUUGAACAAGUUGCUUGUGGAGUGCAACUUUCCAUCAAUCUGCAUACAUUCAGGAAUGUCACAAGAAGAAAGAUUGAAACGAUACAAGGGAUUCAAGGAAGGGAAGCAGAGAAUUCUUGUGGCAACUGAUUUAGUAGGAAGGGGAAUUGAUAUAGAACGUGUUAAUAUUGUUAUCAACUAUGACAUGCCAGAUUCGGCUGAUACUUACCUUCACAGGGUGGGAAGAGCUGGUAGGUUUGGCACCAAGGGUCUUGCUAUCACGUUUGUGUCUUCUUCCUCUGAUUCUGAUGUUCUUAAUCAGGUGCAGUCAAGGUUUGAGGUUGAUAUAAAGGAGCUUCCUGAGCAAAUCGACACUUCCACAUAUAUGCCCAGCUGAUAAAGUUUACUGGUGAUGGACGUCUUGGUUGUUUGACACGGUAGAAAGACGUUAUUCGGAGCUUGCAAGCUCAUCUGCUUGUGGAAGAUACUGGCUUCUUUCCGUUAUUCAUGUGCUUAAAUCUGAAUUUGGGUUACUGAUGUAAUAUGAAUUAUUGGAAAUCUGGAGCUUCUCGUUGCUAUUGCAAGAGGGUGUAUUGCAUGAGAGGUAGAUGGUUAAGCAUCUCAAAGCGAUUUUUGAUGCUUGGUUAUUAUAUUUUAGGCUAAAUGUUAGUAUAAUGUAUGAAUGCUAAUUGUAAAAUACUUCCACGCUUUCAUUUUGUCUCUCGUUUUGUUUAAGACAAUAUUAGUUGUUAUUUAAGCUA